AUGAAGCUUUAUUGCAUCCGCUCAAGAACAACACUCGCUACGACUCUACAGCAGCUCCGGUUUCUCCAAACGCCGCGUCGUAUCGAUGCACGGAUCAUCAAAACCGGGUUCGACACAGAGACAUGCCGCUCCAACUUCAUACUCGAGGACUUUCUCAAGAGAGGUCAAGUCUCUGACGCACGCAAGGUGUAUGACGAAAUGCCUCAGAAGAACACAGUCUCCACCAACACGAUGAUUUCAGGUUACGUCAAGUCCGGUGAUCUCCACAACGCGAGAGAGCUCUUUGACGCGAUGGUCGAUAGAGAGAGAACCGUCGUGACGUGGACUAUCUUGAUGGGUUGGUACGCAAGGAACAACCAUUUCCACGAAGCUUUCAAGCUUUUCCGUGACAUGACCAGGUCUUGUUUCACCUUCCCUGAUCAUGUAACAUUCGCUACGCUUUUACCUGGAUGCAACGACGCCGUUCCGGAGCACGCGGUGGCUCAAGUUCACGCCGUUGCGGUCAAGUUAGGGUUUGAUCAGAACCCUUUCCUCACUGUUUGCAAUGUGUUUGUUAAGUCUUACUGUGAGAUAGGGAGAAGAGACUUGGCGUGUGUGGUGUUUGAUCAGAUUACAGAGAAGGACUCUGUUUCGUUCAACACGCUUAUCACAGGGUACGAGAAGGAUGGUUUGUACACAGAGGCGAUUUGUCUCUUUGUUGAAAUGCAGCGGUCAGGUCACAAGCCUUCGGAUUUCACGUUCUCCGGUGUUCUCAAGGCAGUUGUUGGGGUGCAUGACUUCGUUCUCGGCCAGCAGCUGCAUGGCUCUGCGGUUGCUACAGGGUUUUCAACGGAUGUGGCGGUUGGGAAUCAGAUUCUUGAUUUCUACUCCAAGCAUGAUCGUGUUCUUGAAACGUGGAAGCUUUUCCAAGAAAUGCCAGAGUUGGAUUUCGUGUCUUACAAUGUGGUCAUCUCAAGCUAUUCGCAAGCUGAGCAGUACGAGGAGGCUUUGAAACUGUUCAGAGAGAUGCAGUGGAUAGGGUUUGAUCGGAGGAAUUUCCCUUUCGCGACGGUGCUGAGCAUCGCGGCGAACUUGUCGUCGUUGCGGAUGGGACGGCAAGUGCAUUGUCAGGCCAUCGUGGCGACGGCUGAUUCGAUCGCUCAUGUUGGGAACUCUUUAGUGGACAUGUACGCGAAGUGUGAGAUGUUUGAGGAAGCUGAGUUGAUAUUUGAGAGGUUAUCGCAGCAGAGCACUGUUUCUUGGACUGCUUUGAUCUCAGGUUAUGUUCAGAGAGGGCUUCAUGGAGCUGGUCUCAAGCUGUUCGUCAAGAUGCGAGGAGAGAAUCUACGAGCUGACCAGUCGACUUUCGCUACUGUGUUGAGAGCUUCCGCUGGUUUCGCUUCGUUGUCGCUUGGAAGACAGCUCCACGCGUUCAUAAUCAGAUCAGGGAACGCAGAGAACGUCUACUCUGGAUCUGGACUUGUUGAUAUGUACGCAAAGUGUGGCUCUGUCAAAGACGCGGUUCGUGUUUUCGGAGAGAUGCCUGAAAGAAACGCGGUUUCGUGGAACGCUUUGAUCUCGGCGUUCGCUGAUAACGGAGAUGGAGAAGCAGCGAUUAGUGCUUUUACGGAGAUGACUCACUCAGGAGGUCUCAAGCCGGAUGCUGUCAGCGUUUUGGGGGUCUUGACUGCUUGUAGUCACUGUGGAUUUGUGGAGCAAGGAACAGAGUUUUUCGAGGCGAUGUCUCGGGUCUACGGGAUAGCUCCAGGGAGGAAGCAUUACGCGUGUAUGCUUGAUUUGCUCGGAAGAAAUGGGAGAUUUGAAGAAGCAGAGAAGCUGAUGGAGGAAAUGCCGUUUGAGGCAGAUGAGAUCAUGUGGUCUUCAUUGUUGAACGCUUGUCGGAUUCACAAGAAUCAAGAACAUGCAGAGAGAGCAGCGGAGAAGCUCUUUGGCAUGGAGAAGCUAAGAGACGCUGCUGCUUAUGUAAGCAUGUCUAACAUCUACGCAACGGCGGGGGAAUGGGAAAGCGUGAGCCUUGUGAAGAGAGCGAUGCGUGAACGAGGAAUCAAGAAAGUUACGGCUAAUAGCUGGGUUGAAGUGAACCACGAGAUUCACAUGUUCUCGUCGAAUGACCAGACGCAUCCGAGAGGAGAUGAGAUCGUGAGGAAGAUCAAUGAAUUGACUGAUGAGAUUGAGAGAGAAGGGUAUAAGCCUGAUACGAGUUGGGUUGUGCAAGAUGUUGAUGAGAAGGCGAAGAUUGAGUCGCUUAAGUUCCAUAGUGAGCGUUUAGCUGUUGCGUUUGCUCUGAUUAGUACACCGGAAGGGUCUCCGAUCGUUGUGAUGAAGAACUUGAGGGCUUGUAGGGAUUGUCACGCUGCGAUAAAACUGAUAGCGAAGGUUGUGAAGAGAGAGAUCACUGUGAGGGAUUCAAGUAGGUUCCAUCACUUUAGGGAUGGGCUCUGUUCUUGUAGGGAUUACUGGUGA